AGUAUCACAGCAGCGAGCAGUGAACCCUUUCUUGCCCCGCCUACCCCCAGGACCACAUCAUGAAGGAAGAUCUUGAAGUUGUGGCCAGGAAAGAACUCGGAGAGACUCUCGAAGUAAUUAAAGAAAGCAUCGACAAGUUUAGAAAACUACUUCAAGAAGAAACCGACCUGAGACCUCCACCCGAUUACGUUCUUCUUAUGUUCUGCGAGCCCGAAAGUACCGAGUCGACGAUGCCGCGCCGCCAGCCUUGGCAAUCGCGUCUUGACGGCAACGCCAGGGCGUCCUCCGACUGCUUCAGAGAACUUUCGAAGGAGUUGAUAAGAGCGCCUAUUUCCAGCGAAUUUAAAGCCACACCCGACGGUAAGAAAGUCCACGAUAUGAAUGAAGAGCUGGAAAAUAUUGCACGGAUAGAAUUGGGGGAAACGCCUCAAGUGAAGGAAAAAUGCCUAUCUCAGCUGCGGAAACUUCUCGAAGAGGAAGAAGGUUUCCGCGUUCCUCCUGAUGACUUCUUACUCCCGUUUCUUCGGACAAAAAAAUACAGGGUCGAUGAAGCCGUGAAAACUGUGAAGAACUACUUCAGUGCUCGCAGAGAUAUGCCUGAAGUGUUCGACAACCUAUCGCCAUCGACAAUCGAAUACGACACAGUGUUUCGACGGUAUAAGCUGGCACUCUUCCCACUAGUGAGAGAUUCCAAGGGAAGAGCCAUGGCCAUGCUUGACUUUGGUUCAUGGACACGCGACUUGUGUUCAAUACGAGACUUCAUGAGAUGUUUCAUAGUAGGAGCAGAGUGCCUCCUCCUUGACGAGGAGACCCAGAUACGAGGAGUAGUGGGUGUCGAAGAUCUGAAAGGCUUGAGCGUGCAUCACAUCCUGGAAUUGACGCCGAGCUUCCUUAGAAUGCUCAUCACACUUGCUCAAGACACAUUUCCCGUCCGGGUCAAGGGCAUGUACUUUAUAAACACGCCCACUGUUUUCGAAGGCAUUUAUAACAUCUUCAUGAGGCCUUUCAUAUCGACCAAACUAAAAAGCAGGGUUCACUUGGUUAAAGGUGGCCUGUCUGAGCUCAGUGACGUUUUCCCUUUAGAGAGUCUACCAAAGGAAUAUGGUGGGACAAAGGAGGACUACGACUGGGACCAUCACCAACGGUCCUUUCAUGAUAAAGCCGAACACUUUCAGAAUGUGCGUCUCUGGGGCUACGUCGAAAAAUAAAGUGAAUGUGUGUGUUGCUCGUGAUAAAA